ACCUGAGCAACAUGACACGAUGCACAUAGCACAGGCUAACGCUCAGAGAUCACAGGGUGCAACACAGAGAACACAGCCAACAGGUCAGCAAACACAGGCUACGGCACAGAAGAGAAACUCCACAUCCACAGAAAAUGUUCCAGGCAAAAGACAAUGUAACCACUUCUGCAAAAACAAGGAUCAGUGUGGCCACGACUGCUGUCAAAAUGGAGUGCCGGUGGUUCUGAAGAGGCCUAUGAAUCAGCAUUCGAGUUUCUCCUCCUACCUCCAAGACCUGAAGACCAGGAGUGACACACUGACGGAGACUCCAGUCAAACGCCUAAAAAUGAGAAUGAGUGGUAGGACUGGGGCUACGAACAUUCAGCACUUUUCUUAUACGCCUGCUGCUUGCAGGUUUGUAGGUAAUCAUUAUGGCGCUUCAACAACACAACAGAGUGUGGAAUCAGCUGAGGACUUUGCAACGCCCCAAGAGAUGGCAUAUCUUGAGAACUAUGACCAUGAGUAUAAUGACUACCUGGAAGACAUAUAUCAGACAAUGGGAGAAGAGGAACCACCACCUAUUCAAACCCCUACAGAGUCACAAAGCACUUCAAUGUGGAGGAAACCCAGUGCAUACAACGGAGGGUCACUCAGCCACAGCACCCCCCAAAACCAGGGCAUGGGUUACUCCCAAAGCCACAGCACUACUCAAAACCAGAGCACGGGUUACCCACAGAGCCACAGCACCCACCAAACCCAUAGCAUGGGUUACCCCCAAAGUCAUUUUCCCCUUCAAAACCAGAGUAGGGAGGAAACCCAGAGUCACAAUACCCCCCAAAGCCAGACUAGCGGUUACAGCACUCCCCAAAGCCAGAGCAGGAGUUACUCUCCGAGUCCCAUCGUAGACUUGACCGAUGACAGUGGCUUCCUCUCGUCGUCACACACCCCCAGCGUGACCUUUGACCUGGGAGACGAAUGGGAUGAUUUUGACGACGACAACUUAGUUCACGCCAGUGAGACAUCAUGCACCACUGUAGCUAACACUCAGGGGAUUGACCGUGACAAGCUGAAAGGUCACUCAACACCACUACCAUCCACUUAUGUACAACCCAAACCCCGCUUCACUGUCUCCAGUGCCCCACUCAGGUCAACCUCCCCAGUUAUUCCUCAGAUAGCAGUUACUAGUCUCUCAGUCAGACCACAUAACCUCCAGGCUUCUGCUCCCUGGAGCCACUCUGACAACAAGGCCACAAGGACAUUCAGUGAAUCCUCUGUGAAAGCACCCUCCUUCCCAAAACAGACAGAUACAAGCAUGGCUCCGCUGGGAGGACAGUUUGAUUUCUUCUCAAAGAUGACUACCCUAAACAAUGGCAAUGCGACUGGCAAAAGAUGGGAAGAGUGUCAAAGAAGCACAGGCCGCUGCAGAGGAAGCAAUAAGAACCCUUGUCUCCCUAACCCCAGGAGAGAGGCCGUGAGGGAGACCCUGAGAGAAAAGCUGGAUCUGGAGAAGAGGGCUCUGCAGGUGGUGGAGCGUCUCUUGGAGGACAGCGUAGCAGACGACUUCCUGGUUGACUGUGCAAGGUUGAUCACUGCUGCCAAUUACAAAGACACAGUUGAGGAGAGGUCCAUUGUGAAGCUGUGCGGUUAUCCUGUCUGUUCAAACAAACUGGGCAAGGUCUCCACUCAACAGUUCAAAAUUUCCACCAAAACCAAUAAAGUCUAUGACAUCACGGAACGCAAGAGCUUCUGCAGUAACUUCUGCUACAAAGCCUCCAAGUCCUUUGAGCUGCAGAUAUCAAAGAGCCCUCUGUGGCUGAGGCAGCACGAGAGCCCCCCAGAUGUGAAAUUAAUGAAGAAAGGAGAUGGCGGUUGCACCGGAGAGGAGGUGAGGCUGGCUGAGAGGCGUCUCAGAGAGGACGAUGUGGAGAACCCCCUUCCCUUGGACUCUGUGUCCCCCGAGGCCCCAGAGGACCCCAGGCGCUCCCCUACAGCCGGCCACAGCGACGACAGCGACGCAGAACACGACUUUGUCUCAAGCGUGGUCUCCCAGCGACGGGGACCCAGGGUGCACUGGGGCGAUCUGGCCAAGCGCGCCGCCGAAGGGGAGGGUAGGGAACCUGGAGAGGGGGAGGACAGGGAGAGAAGGUCGGGAGGGAAGGACACAACGGUGCCCAAGCAAAUACAAACAAACAAGGCGGAAGACAAGGAGGAGAAUACAGAAGAAUCACAGAAAGCACAAAGGAAGCCAAGCAAUGGGACAGAUGGACGCCAACAGCACACCACAGAUACGAACCACCAGAGUGAGCAGCAAUCUUUCCUGGGAGAGAGAGGGUCGCCAGAGGGCCAGUCUAUGGAGGAAGCUGCAGAGCUAUUGAGCCAAGUUACAAUACAGGCUCGAGACCCAGCCACAGCUACGUCUUCUGCACUAACAGCCUACAGUGUACAGAAUCAAGAACCAGCUCCAAACCCCAGUCCACAGGGGGACCCAGCACAGCCCACCCAGCCUGGCAUCAACAUCACCCAGGUGGGCAUGAGCAGAAGGGGAGCCCAGGGGCUCCGGGGGCUCCUCAAGGGCCACGAAGCCGGGACUAAACCUGUCUCGGUCCGGCUGAACCUUCUAGAAGGCCUAAGGAGGACCUUCACUGAAUGGAUGACUGAGGAGACUAUGAAGUUCUUAUAUGGCCCAGACCACUUUAGUAAAACACUGAUAGAAACAAAGAAGGAGGAGGAAGAGGAGCUAGAUGAAGAUGACUUGGAGGACAUUGUGAAGGAUGGUGGGGAGGGACGUGAGACUGACUCCCAAGGGGGUCCAGGAAGGCCCUUGGCCCCGGCCCCAGACUACGACACCCUACGCAGGGAGACAGAGGAGAUGGGGCUGAGGGUGAGGGAGUUCUACGAAGGGACGAAGGAAGUCCAGCGGGUGUCAGGGAAACAACAUGCCAGAGGCGGAGACUCAGAGAACCAGGGUGGGGCACUCCCGUUGGUUGACUCCCAUGCCCAGCACCUCAUCCAGAAACGGAUUACAGUGGAGAAGCUCACUAAAGGCCUGAGAGACAUCGUGGGUCCUCUGCGUCUCACCAUGACUGACGUCUCCAGUGACCUCAACAGGCUGGUCAGAACCUUCAGGUUUACAAACACCAACAUCAUCCACAAAGGCCCAGAGUGGACCCUGAUUGCAGUGGUGCUCCUCCAUUUGUUAUCAGAGGUGUCCCCAGUGGUGCGGGAGGCCCUGGAGAGGCCGGCCUCAGUCGAUUACCUCUCUACUCUGAUGCAGGAGCUCCCACUGCUGGACCGGGACCUGCAGAGCCUGGUCCAGUUACUCAGAACCGUAGAGCUCUGUCCACACGAGCACACAGAGAAACGGCAGACAAAUCAAUGAGUCUAUUCUUCUUCUGGACAACAUUGUCCCCUAUUAUAAGAACUGCGGGGGAAGGGAGACGUCAGUCCGGUUAUCCUUUUUAUUUAUUUUGGUUGCUUUUUCGGUUUUGUUGAUUUUCUAUUUGUUCAUUGAUUGUGUUCUGUUAUUGAGAAUUAAGAGUCAAAUAAUGACUUUCGGGCAAUGUACAGUGCUUGAUGUUGUUGUAGUUCCCUGAAAUGAAGACCGUGUAGGCAUACCGUAUCACUGACAAGGCUAGUUUUCAAACAUAAAUUCUUACACUAGUGCAUAGUUGAGUGAAUCUGAUGCUGUGAAUGUCUAAAUCAAAUCUUUAAACUUUACAAGCCUCCAAUGUUUAACCCUGUGCCUCUAUACAACCAAAUAAAAUCACACUCAGGUUUUACACUUUGUCUAAAAACGUCAUGUGUUGUUGACUAUGUUGCCUAACUGUAAGAGGAUGGUGCAAUAAAAGUGAUGCUGUUUCUCCCAACUUCCUUAACAUGAA